AUGUACAUGGGCCUGAAGGGGAAGGUCUAUGAUGUGACCAAGAGCCCUAUGCUGGGUGUCCCUGGCGAGCACUAUGCCAAGAUCUGGGCUGGCAAGGAUUGCACCGUGUCCAUGUGCCUGCUCUCGUUGAAGGCCGAAGAUGCCAAUCGCACAGAUUGGGAUGCGAUCCAGAAGGAGAAGCCGCAGUAUAGGAAAACCCUGCUCUCUUGGGUUAAGCAUUUCCAUGACAAAUACCCUGUAGUUGGCUAUGUUGAGGAAUAUAUUACGGAUGGCAGGGACCUUGAGGCUGAGGACAAACAGGAUUGGAUCGAGAUAGAGGAAAUCGAGAAGGCCAAGGCUGCGGAAAAAGCAGCGAUUCUUGAGAAGAACAGAAAAGAAGCUGCUGCUAAGAAAACAGCGGCUAAGUGA